GCUGCCCCUCCCCUCACUCUGCAGCCUCCCUUCCGUCAUGGCCGCGUGCGUGGAGGCGCCUCAGCCGAUCGCCCCCUCGAGCGUGGCCAGCGUCUUCGACUCCAUGGAGUACGGCCCGGCUCCAGAGGCGGCCGACGUGGCGCAGGCAUGGCUGGAUUCCCACGGCCGAAGUCUGGGCCACUUUAUCGAUGGCAAGUGGGUGAAGCCAGAGGGGCGUCCCACAUACACCUCUCGCAACCCUGCCACCGGCGAGGUGCUCGCGGACACCGUGCAGGGCACGACGGAGGAUGUGGCGCUGGCGGUGGGAGCGGCGCGCCGAGCGUUCUCGUCCUGGAGCGCCCUGGCCCCCCACGUCCGUGCCCGCCACCUCUACAGCGUGGCGCGUCACGUGCAGAAGCACCAGCGGUUGCUGAGCGUCCUCGAGAGCCUGGACAACGGCAAGCCGAUCCGCGAGUCGCGCGACUGCGACGUGCCGCUGGUCGUGCGCCACCUGUACCACCACGCGGGCUGGGCGCAGCUCGCCAGCCAGGAGAUGGGCGCCUGGAAGCCGCUGGGGGUGGUGUCGGCGAUCGUGCCCUGGAACUUCCCUCUGAUGCUGAUGGCGUGGAAAGUGUGCCCUGCCCUUGCUAUGGGCAACACGGUGGUGCUAAAGCCGGCCACGUACACGCGGCUCACCGCGCUGCUUUUCGCCGAGGUGUGCGCCGAGGCCGGGCUGCCCCCCGGCGUCUUCAACGUCGUCACCGGCAACGGCGCCUUCGGCGGCCUCCUCGCGGCGCACCCCGACGUGGACAAGGUGGCCUUCACCGGCUCCACCGAGGUGGGACAGAUGCUCCGGCGAGCCACGGCAGGGACGGGAAAGAAGCUGUCGCUGGAGCUCGGCGGGAAGUCGCCGUUCGUGGUGUUCGAGUCGGCCGACCUGGACAGCGCCGUCGAGGGGAUCGUCGAUGCCAUCUGGUUCAACCAAGGGCAGGUGUGCUGCGCAGGCUCCCGCCUGCUCGUGCAGGAGUCGGUGUGGCAGCCGCUGCUGGCGCGGCUGCGCGAGCGCAUGUCGCGCCUGCGCGUGGGCGACAGCCUCGACAAGACGAUGGAUGUGGGCGCCCUGGUGGACGAGUCGCAGCGGACGACGAUCCGGGGCUUCGUGGAGGAGGCUAGGGCCGAGGGAGCCGAGGUGUACCAGGUGUGCGCGAGCCUGCCGCCCAAGGGGCUGUUCUACCCACCCACCCUGAUCACCAACGUCAACACGGCAUCCCGGGUCGUCAGAGAGGAGGUCUUUGGGCCAGUGCUGGUGGCGCUUCCCUUCCGCACGGCGAAGGAAGCCGUCGAACUGGCCAACAACACGCCGUACGGCUUGGCGGCGAGCGUGUGGACAGAGAAGCUCUCCCUGGCUCUGGAGGUCGCCUUGUCCAUCAAAGCCGGCACGGUGUGGGUGAACGGACACAACAUGUUUGACGCUGCCUCCGGCUUCGGGGGAUAUCGGCACAGCGGCUUCGGGCGCGACGGCGGCAAGGAGGGCCUGUUCGAGUACGUGCGGCCCCGCUGGGAGGAGCGUGCACGCCCCGACCCCGGCAACGUGGACCUCGCGGCGUUCGGAGCCGCCUACGGGGCCGACGUGGCGCCCAUCCCCGGCACGGCCGCCGCCGUCGCACGCCCCACCGUGACGGCACACGAGCAGCUCCUGCCGAGCGUGGACCGCACGUACAAGCUGUACUACGGCGGGGCGCAGAAGCGUCCAGACGGGAUGUACUCGAGGCCCGUGCUGGCGCCCGACGGCAGCGUGAGCGCUUACGUCGCCGACGGCAACCGCAAGGACGUGCGCAACGCGGUCGAGGCGGCACACAAGGCCGCGCCCGGGUGGGGCAAGCGCGCGGCCCACAACCGUGCCCAGGUGGUGUACUACAUGGCGGAGAACCUGGAGCUGCGGCGCGACGAGGUGGCGCGCCGGCUGGCGGCGCUGACGGGCGUGACCCCGGCGGCCGCGCUGGACGAGGUGGAGGAGAGCGUGACACGGCUCUUCCACUGGGCGGCCUACUGCGACAAGUACGGCGGCACCGUGCAGGAGACAACGCUGUACGGGGCGACGGUGAUGGUGCGCGAGCCCGUGGGCGUGGUGGCCGUCGCGUGCCCCGACGAGAGGCCGCUGCUCGCCUUCGUGAGCCUCUUCGCGGCGGCCAUCGUCAGGGGCAACGCCGUCGUCAUCGUGCCCAGCGAGAGACACCCGCUGCCCGCGCUCGACUUCUAUCAGGUAUUCGACACGUCCGAUCUGCCCGCCGGUGUCGUGAACAUCCUGACCGGCUCGCGGGACCACCUGACCAAGUACCUGGCGGAGCACCAGGACGUGCAGGCCAUGUGGUACUUCGGCAGUGAGCAGGGCAGCAAGUUCGUGGAGAUGGCCUCCGCAGGCAACCUGAAGCGCACGUGGGUGAACUACGGCGUGGAGCGCGACUGGGCGAGCGCCGAGUGCGGCCGGGGCGAGGAGUUCCUGUACCACGCCACGCAGUGCAAGAACCUGUGGCUGCCCAUGGGAGACUCGUUUGCCAACUGAGCGCCGCCGCCGCCGCCGCACUGGGCCAAAACACGGCUUUUUACAGCGGGGGAGCGUUGGUAAACUGACAAACUUGAUUUUUUAUUUGUAAAUAUUUUAUUUUACCAGCGCCGCGAAGCUCUUUUUCAGAAGCGACACCCGGCCAUCGGCAUAUGAUAGCUCGGCGAAGUGGCUCAUCAUCGUCUAUGGCAGCCAAAUGCUCUUAGACGCGUGAUGUUGAUUCUAAAUGUGGGGGGAAAAACCCGGGAGAGCUGGAAAAAAUUCCACGCGAAGCACAGGGAGCGGAGAGACACACAAAUUCCAGAUAUAUACAGCAGCAGGCGUCGGAGUUGGGAUCGAAAACCACGACCUCCUUCAUACCGGGCGAAGUAGUUAACAUCUCCUAGCCACCGUGGGUUAGCAGCGCAGCACAAUUUAACGAUCGUGCUUUAAUUCUAUGCUCCUGUGUCUUUCCCCCCCCACCCCUCCGCUACCCAUUUCAGGCUGAGUUGAUCUACAAAGACAAAGAUCCCCCGUGUAGCUUUAACAGACUUGGGGCAAGUGCUGUUAGCGAGCACCUAUGAAGGCCGGCACGGCACACGAGGGGGUGGGUGGCCAACACCACACCUGGCCGCCUUUGUCUCUCCAGUGGCGAUGUUUACACACCGCACUGGGUACCCAUUUGAGGCUGAGUCGACCUAGAGGAGGCCCAUGACCGGUUCAGAUAAUCGUCACUGGUUCGUAGCCCAGCACCCUGACUGCUGCACCACCGCUCCCCACCGUACCCCCACCGUACCCCACCGUACACACACGUACAUACACACACACACAUCUGCCUUAACAGAAUCGGUGCUCUGUACGUCACGUUGUGACGCACACACACAGACACAUUCACAAGAUAUCUGCGUUCAUUUCAAUCCGCAGCCUCGAGUCUCCGUUACUUGGGCUGUGUUUAUCAACCGUGAGGCGCGUGCAGUGCGUUUCUACUUUGAUGUUUCAUUUCAGCAGGCGACGACGGCCGAGAAGUGACGCACGGCGGAAGCGUGCUGGGUGACUUGGGGACUGUCAGUUGGGAGACUUUGUUCACAGAGUUGAUCAUGAGUUGUGUCGUACAUGUCACACACGGUGCAUGUACGUUGAACUUCUUUCGUUGCGGUACGUAGCCAACGGCGCUAAUUGUAGGUGCUGGCGAAGGACAACAAACUAAACACAACAAGCGGUUGUAAGCAAGCGAGUUUUCAAUCUCGAUGGUUUAAAAGUGUGCGUAGCUCCGAGUGGCUUCCUAAUGUCGGAGGGAAGAGCGGUUCCAGACGGUCGCAAGAAGCGCAUCUGAGAGCGCAUGAUGAUGCGGUGACCGUCUCGGUUUGACGUGGUACUUUUCACGGGCAAUGGUCGUGGUCCUCAGACGUUCAGAAGUGUGUGUUGCCGAGUGCAUCCCAGCGAGCGAUGCAGCUCUCUGUCAAGGGCCAACUCGGCCAGCGGACAAAGGGGUCGGCAGCAAGGUUUACACGUCACAAGUUACGCCCUAAAGAAAUUAACGGUAUCUCAAGCGUAAACAUUUCUACGGUUGUAUCUAUGUUCACACGUGAUGUUUUGUGAUCUCAACAGGAUCUGUUUAAGGAGAGCAGGGAUGGCAGAGUGGAGAUCCGUGGUAGCGCAUCCAGCACUUGUCGCAGAGGGUUCACGGUUCAUAAUCCACUGGCUGCCCUGGUUAUUUACUGUCGGUAUAUUAACCCUUUCCCGUUCCGAUGACGUACGCGUAUGUCAUCAGCUCUUCUGAAAUUAAAGAACGUUAUCGAUACCGAGGCUCCCGCAAGGCCAUGCGGGAGGACGUGCGGCACAGUUUGGCGGUCGUGUCGCUGAGGUUCUCCGCGGUGAGUAACGACGUCUUUAAAAGCAACGGCGCUACUACGCCUCUCUAAAUAAAAUUAACGCUGAGCCUCUUCCACGUUGCGAGAUCGACGAUGAACAGGACACACCCACCCUGCCACUCGCAGACGUCUCGGAACCGUGAAACGGGUUACCUCCGAUGAUAAUGGGGCACGGCAAUAACUCACGGCGGACGUCACAACAUCCGCCGACGUCAUUUGCUGGAGCAGGCCAUCGCGUGUGCGAGCGCCAGGGUCCCAAGUGUUGAUCAUUUGGGAUCGUGCACCACAGCAGCAAUCGUCGCCCCUCCCCCUCCUCCCCCACCGUUACUGCCAGACUUAACGCCCCAAUUCACUCUUGCACAUGAGACUCGUCCUAAUGAUGGGCCUCAUUGAGUUCUCAAUCUCGUUAAACUAAAAAAAACAUGAAUUUUUUCGCGAAGAGUUUCAGUUGAGAAAGGCGUGGCACUCACUGCCCAGUACCUGGUUCAUAACAUCUGACGCCGUUUUAUAAUUGUAAUUUAAUUGUGGGUUUUAUUAUGGUUUUAUUAUGGGUGGCACUGCCCAGUAGCUGGUUUAAAAAACCGACGUUUCCCGAUUUCCAAUUGUGGAUUUUGUUUUGAUUAUGAGUAACACUGCCCAGUACCUGGUUUAAAAAUCUGAUACUGUUUUUAUUAUAAUUGUAAUGUGUGCUAUACCUCAAAUGUUACGCGCCUGCGGUUGCAUUUUGACCAAUGGUGAAUCAAUCAAUCGGCUUGUGCCAUGAGGCAGUUUUGAUUGGAGAUGUAGAUUGUGCAUCCGAAUGACGGUGACGAAUGCAAUGGACCUGGAUCCUGCUGGACAAUAUUUUGACUGGCGUUAUGAAUAUUACAAUAAGGCACUGACAUGCACUUAUUAUAUUAACCCUCCCCCCCCCCCCCCCCCAAAUUAUACUUCAAAGAUUAUUAUGUUAAAAUGACGAUCGCAAUUAAAAAAAAAGCUUGAAUACGA